GCGCGGUGCAAGGCGUCGCCGAGCUGCACCAGCGGAUGAGGUGCCAGGACGACUGGUGGAACGAGGUCGUGGACGAGCUUCGCGACGGAAAGCUCUCGGAGAAGAAUUACAAGUACCUUCACGGCCACCCGGUCGAAGGCUGCACCCUCUCGCCCGAAGAGCGGCGAUCCAGAAAGCGCGUGGCGGACGGACCCCGCGACCCGCGGCUCCGCGAAGAGAAGUUCGUGAAGGCCACCGUGGUCGUGGCCAACAACGACGCCAAGUACCAGAUCAACAAGGACCGCACGAAGGCCUACGCCCGGGACGCGGGAACCCGUCUGGAAUGGUCCGUGGCCAAGGACAAAGCCGGCGUGGAGGCGCUCCAGGCGCAGGCGUGCGACAAGGAAGCUAAAGUCCGCUGGCUCCAGUACCACGACAUGGACACGGAGGGGCUCUGCGGCAUGCUUUCCCUGGCCAUCGGCAUGCCCGUCGCGCUGACCCACCACGUGGACCGCUCGGAGAAGCUCCUGCUGAAGGGCCGCGCACCGCAGCAGCACGAGUACGUCAAGUUCGAGGGCGCCGACUGGAUUCUCCCAGGCUCGAAGGAGCCCGGGCUUUACCCGAUCCUCCCGACCUCGCGCACUUGGAAGCUGGACAAGGGCCACAAGAACGCCGUGCUGAAGGUCAGCCGCACGCAGAUCCCGCUGAUCCCGGCCUUCGCGAUCACGGCCCACGCCAGUCAAGGCAAGACGCUGACAGCUGUCAUGCUGGACUUGAACGUGGACUCCAAGACCCAUGCCGCCUACGGCACCGUGGUGGCCAGCCGCGUCCGGAGCAGAUUCGACCUGCUGAUCCUGCGACCCUUCCCGCUCUGGCUCUUCCAGCGCGGCGCCGCAGAGGGCCCGGCACUGCUCCUGCGCAAGCUCCGGGGCGAGGACAUCGACUGGCAGGCCAUGCAGGACGCGCGCUGGCCCCGGGCCCGAUGUCAAGAAUGCAGGGAGCUGAAGAGCUGGGACCUCUUCGCCCACGCACAAUGGGAACUGGUGCGCGCCAACCGCGGUGGCAAGUGCCUGACGGAUGCCGAGACCAAGCGCCAGUGCUCCGCGUGCCGCCUCGGCACGACCCAGCUGAACUGCACGACCUGCAGGGAGCGCAAGCCGGACGCGGACUUCACGCCCACCAUGCGAACCAUGCCGGACAACGCCCUCGCCUGCAUCGACUGUCAGCAGCAGCUCUCGGGCAAAGCGAAGCGCCUGCGAACCGGCUGGUUC